CACACAUAGUCACAUACCAAUCCAGCAGGCAGCAAGAGAACUUCUCUCUCCUCAACCCUCUCUUCGAUCUACUCCAUUAACCACUGGAUUUUGGACCUUUUGGUGUUGGAGACUGACUUUGAAGAUUGUAAACAAUUACACAGAAUAAUUGAGUCUCACGCAUCACCAGACGCUCACGCCCAGUCGCCCCCAUGCCCGUCGCCAGUGCUCUGCCAUUGGUUGGUGUUGCCGUGUUGAUUCAGAAGUGAGCCGUUAAUAUUCAAGAAUUGUUGAUGAAUGUACAACAAUUUGAUAGAAGAAAUCUACAAGAAUUGUAGUUUCAUCCUUGGUCAAUGGUAAAAAUGGGCGUUAAAUAUGUGAAAGUUGCAACACAUAUUCUAAUGGCAAUGCUUGUUCUUCAUUUAAGAUGUUCAAAUCAGGAAAGUCUAUAUAACUAUGAUGGGAACUAUCACAAGCACAACACCAAUUCCUUGCCUUGUUUUGACAGAUAUGUUCUGGAGUCAUUUUUCAGAGAAUAUUACAAUGUCGUGGAUCCAAAAUUUUCAGAGUACAUGGAGCAUAAGAUUCUUGUUGGCUCAGAGGCAACAUUUUCUAGGCUAAUGGACUUAGAGCGUCGCCUGAAUGGCGAGGGUUCUCAUCGCCGUCUAUCUUCAUCUAUCAAAGUUAGCAUUCAGCCAGAUCGAAUAGCUGACUUUUCCUCACAUAUAUGUGAGGUCAUACUCAUUGAAAGACUACCUUCUGGGGUUUUUGCUGAUCCUUUUGAGCUUCAACAUCUUCUUCAUCGUGGAGUAUUUAAAGAUGCUUCAGUAUUUGGAGAUACAAAUUUGGAAUUGCCAUCAUUUCUUUCCAAUCAGUCAAUUGUUGAGGUUCACCUAGAUGCCGCCUUGAAUAAUUCAGCAGGAAAGGAGAUUGUGCUAGAGUUCAAGAUAGAGAUACCAUUGCACGCACGAUAUCCUCCCUUAGAAGACAGCGGGUAUACAGAAGUCCGAUUUGGUGCUCCAGAUUUGUUUAUGCGCUGCAAAAUGCACGGAAAUUCACCUGCUCAUAGCUGUUCAUUGUCACGUAUUACUAGCAGUGGUUCCCUAGAACUUGAUGAUACCAUUUGGAGCAUACCAGCAGGUGUUAAGGCCCACUCAGGAACGGUAUCUAUUGUUACUUUUGCAUCAGCACUAUUAUCAGCAUCUUUAAUCAUCAUUGCUUCCUUGCGAUCUUCACGCAUGGAAUCAAAUAGAAGAUUGAAGAAAUCUUGAUAAGCAGUGAAGAUGAUCAGAGUCUUAUAUUUAUAUGCAAAUCAGUGGCGACACACAGAUUACACAAAGAGCCAUCUGCAUGAUCACGCCAGUCAUGAAAUUUCUGUGAUCAGUCCUGCGAACAGCUCAGAUGCCAAGUUUAACCACUGUGAAUCCUUUUAUAUCUGACUUGUUUUUGCUUUUGAAUGUUUUGCCAGCUGAUAUAUUGCUCCAUACUGUAGAUUUUAGGGUAUACAGUCCAAGUUAGCAGCUAAAUUGUCGGUAAACUGAAGAUAGGGGAUAAUUGAUUUGUUCAGGGUUUCUUAUGUUGUUUGAAAGACGAAAUAUUGACUUGUAAUAUUUAAUUUGAGAUCAAUAAGAGAUAUUCUAAGUUUCUAA